UGUAAUGUGAUAGAAGAAAGAAGAGCCAAUAGUUUCCAUGAAUGUUGUAUACGCUUCAACUGCUCAUGAUCUUGCCUGUUGUGGUUGUUGAGAGUCUCAACGAUUCUCUCUGUACGUGGGUUCUGUUUGUCCUGGGUAUGUUGGCCAGCAGCUAUGUUCACCAAUUCCAUUCCUAGAAAUCUCACCAAGACCUGUUGUGGCCUCUAUAUCCUCCUCAGCAGUGAUAUAUUUGACAGUUCACCCUUCUUAUCUGUCUUUAAAUGGCAGUAUGCUAUUACUUUUGUUGGCUGGUUAUCGUUGGUUGGUUGCCGUUGGCCGUAUUCAAAUGUCUGUCUGCAGUCUUGUAUAACACUGAAUAAGAGAAAAGCCGGUGGUCAUUGCACAUGGACCAGAUCCGUGUAUUGUCCUUUGCAAUGCAUUCUCUCCUAUAGACUACACAUUGUCGUCCUUCCGAUAAGUUCUUGCGUUACGCCAAGAGCAUUUGAGGAUUCCAAUGCUUGCCUUAUAAAUGGCUUUCUCGGUGCCACGAGCCAAUGGACCUUCAUCCAUACCGAGACUACUCAAAAGAGUAGUCUCCACAGACAUUCUAGGGCAGGUAUCAGACUCCAUCUCUGAAUCGGAUUUUGAUGCACAGUCUAUCACUCCCUACAGAUCAC